AGGACGCGAAAAAGUGAAUCCCAAAUUCACUCUCACACCUGAAAGCCUCUUUCACCAAACCUCCUUCCCAAAAGCCCCUACUUAAAACACCGUAGAGGAGUACCUCUUCUUAUCCUCGUCGUAUACAGAAUCAGAAGCUAAAGAGGAUACAAAACCCUUUUACAACUUGAACUUCCUUAUCGAGGUUUUCUUCGUAAAAACUCUACCCGUCUCUCUUCUACUUUCCGAAAACUUUUCUACCAAAAGACACAAAAACCGAAGCUUCAAAACCUACGACUUCUUGAACAACCAAAAUGGGUGGUGGUUCGUCCAAGCAGGGGGGCGCGGGCGGUUGCUGCGCCACCGGCGGCAAUGCCAAUGCGCGUCAGCCCAUGGCGGAGGGUGAGGCGAUGAACGCGCCGCACGCGAUCACGCCGGGUAUGAUCGCGCAGGGCAUGCCCGCGGCCAUGAAGAAGUGUCCGUUCCUGGCGAUGCAGGCGGAAGUGACCUAUGCAUUGCAAAAGUAUCGUAGUCGUACUAGUAUAAAUUGCAUGACAAAUUUUGGCAAGAAGAGAAGUCGAAUUUGUAAUGCUGUUUUACCUUAGCAGGAUGAUUUGUCAUGCGUAUUUGCAAUUAGUACGAGUGCGAUACUUUUGCACAGGAUAUGACCAACAAGCCGACCAAGCUGAACUUGAAGAUCCUGAAUCCGCCGAAGUACUAUUUGGAUGAGACGGAUUAUCGCAAGAAAAAAGUGUUACAGUUACACGUUGUGUUGCAGGAGCCGCAAGACAGACAACCUUUGUCAUGCAGGAAAUGCUUGCAAGCCUUGAUGCUUCCUACGUAUUUUCCCUUAUCCUUAUGAUCUUUGCAUUACAAGUUUUGUCUGCCACACAGAGAAAAUUUGUGAUGCAGAGACCCCAACACCAACAAAUGUGUAACUGUAACACUUUUUUCUCGUGAUACGGAUUACAAGCAGGCGUUCAACAGCUUGAACUACGAGGACGUGAAGACCGACAUCAAGAAGAUGCUGAAGGACUCCAAGGAGUGGUGGCCCGCGGACUACGGGCACUACGGGCCCUUCAUGGUGCGCAUGGCCUGGCACGCGGCGGGCACCUACCGCACCUCGGACGGUCGCGGCGGCGGCAACACCGCGCAGCAGCGGUUCAACCCGCUGGACUCCUGGCCGGACAACGGGAACCUGGACAAGGCCCGCCGCCUGAUGUGGCCCAUCAAGCAGAAGUACGGCAAGCAGCUGUCCUGGGGGGACUUGAUGAUCCUGACCGGCAACGUCGCGAUGGAGGACAUGGGGCACAAGACCUUCGGUUUCGGCGGCGGCCGCCUGGACUCCUGGGCCAUGGAGGAGGACGUCUACUGGGGCGAGCCGGAGAGCUUCCACAAGGACCUGGAGAAGCAGCCGAACGAGCUGGAGAACCCGCUGGGCGCGAUCGUGAUGGGCCUGAUCUACGUGAAUCCGGAAGGGCCCGGCGCCUGCGGCGACCCGCUCCUCGCGGCCGGCCACAUCCGCACCACCUUCGGGCGCAUGGCCAUGAACGACGAGGAGACCGUCGCGCUGAUCGCCGGCGGCCACACCUUCGGCAAGUGCCACGGCGCCGCGCCCGGCGGCACCUACCAGGGCCCCAAGCCGUCCGACGCCGCGGUGGAGGAGCAGGGAUUCGGGUGGACCAGCAGCUACGGCACCGGAAAGGGCAAGGACACCAUCACGUCGGGGCUGGAAGGCGCCUGGACCGCGAAGCCCGCGCAGUGGGACCACGGCUACUUCACGAAUCUGUUCAAGUACGAGUGGGAGAUGCACAAGGGCCCCGGCGGCGCCAAGCAGUGGCGGCCGAAGAACGGGGAGGGAAAGGACUUGAUCCCCGACGCCCACGACCCGUCGGUCAAGCACGCGCCCAUGAUGCUGACCACGGACUUGUCGCUCAUCAAGGAUCCGAGCUACCGCGAGAUCAGCAAGAAGUUCCUGGACGACCCCGCGUACUUUGAGGAGCAAUUCGCGAAGGCGUGGUUCAAGCUGUGCCACCGCGACAUGGGUCCGCGCGGCCGGCUGCUCGGCCCCGAGGUGCCCCCGGAGCAGAUCUGGCAGGACCCGGUGCCCACGCCGGCGGCCGACACGGUGAUCAGCGACGAGGGCAUGAUUGCCGGCUUGAAGGAGCAGUUUCUCGGGUGCGGCCUGUCCGUGUCCGAGAUGGUGCGCACCGCCUGGGCGUCCGCCUGCACCUUCCGCCACACCGACUUCCGCGGCGGCGCCAACGGUGCGCGCAUCCGGCUCGCGCCGCAGAAGGACUGGGCGGUGAACGACCCGGAGGACUUGGGGCGUGCGCUCAGCAAGUACGAGGCGAUUAUCGCGGACUUCAACGCGAAGAACGCGCCCUUCCAGCUUUCCAUGGCGGAUGCCAUCGUGCUGGCCGCGGCCGCCGCGAUCGAGAAGGCGAUCGCCGACGCGGGGAUGAGCGUGAAGGUGCCCUUCCGCCCCGGCCGCGGGGACGCCUCCGCGGACCAAACCGACGUCAACUCCUUCGGCCACUUGGAGCCCAAGUCGGAUGCCUUCCGCAACUACAAGGCGAACGCGUACCAGAUGGUGGACCGCGCGCAUUUGCUGAAGAUGACCGCGCCGGAAAUGACCGCCAUCCUCGGCGGGAUGCGCGCGCUGGGCUGCAACGCGAAGUCCGCGGGCAAGAUGGGCGUUUUGACCUCCCGCCCGGGCUGCCUGACCAACGACUUCUUCGUGAACCUGCUGGACAUGGGCGUCGUGUGGAAGAAGACCGCGGACGGCACCACGUUUGAGGGCAAGGACCGCAACACCGGGGCGGUCAAGUGGACGGCGAGCGAGGUGGAUCUGGUGUUCGGGUCGAACCCGGAACUGCGCGCGCUGGCCGAGUACUACGCCUGCACGGACAGCAACGAGAAAUUUGUGCAGGACUUCGUCAAGGCCUGGGUCAAGGUGAUGAACAACGACCGGUUCUAAACGGGACAGGAUCGUCGUCGUCAAAGGUGGUUACUGGAAGAAGCGACGGAGUGUCUGCUUCCGAAUCCGGGCACGACCACGAGGAACGAAUAUGACUUGUUGUUUUUCGCACCUUGCAAAGCAGAACCACUACUGUAACUUGAUCCUGCAACUAAGCAUAAAACCAGAUCCAGAAUUACAUGAAGAAAUGACGAAACGAACGUCGAAGUACUCGCAAGUGAGUCGUCGAAACAGGCAUUGCCAGUAAGAAUUCAAAAAGGAAACAAUACAAAAAAUUAUAAUAGCUGCAUUUGGACGAACGCCGAAUAACAAUAAGAGCUGGGAAGACCUACUAGCACGACAGUGAUCGAUGUCUUGUGCAGAGACACUUUCAGGUUACCAACCAUGGCUGAAGAGAUUGACAGUUUUUUGGUAAGCAGUACACUUCUUACAGUACGUUAUUCAAAUCAAAAAGGAAUUCUAAGUACAUUUUUUUUCGUUUACCUCUCUCUCUUUUGUUGUCACCUACCCAUCAAAAUACCAUGAGUUACUAAAUCUAAAAUAUUGAAUAUUCAACAACCUUGUGGACAUUUUCGAAGGCAGUCAGACGGCACAUAAUUUCAAACUCAGAAAUUGAGAAAACCAGCAGUCUUGUUGGCGCUGGGUUUCUUCGUGUAUAAAAAUGUUUCACCAUGCAAAAGUAUCUCUGAAAGUCCAAAUAUUUUUUAAGAAGCACUUAGCAAGUAGGCUUUUUGCUUCCCAGCACGUCGAGAUUUCAUCUAUACGUGACAUCACAAAAACAAUAGAAUUUUCUGCCAAAAUUACCUCUUUCAGCAUUGUCGAAGCUCUACACAGACCAUAACCAUUUGUAAGCAUGCAUUUUUGUCAAGACCGUGUUGCAGUUUGCCACGACAUGCAUACACAAUCGUAACCGUCGAGCAACAAGGAAAGGUCGCACAGAAUCCAUUCGUAUGAAGCCAGAAUUGAACCAUUGGAACCUUCCUUGACGACACUCGAGACGGACACCUAAAUUUAUUUGCAAUCGAUUGUUAAACGAAAAAUACAAAGAAAUAGGCGUGAAU